AUGGCUGGGUCCGGUAACAGUCCGCUGUUGAGAGACCAGUGGAGCGCCCCCAUCGACACCAGAGACCAGAGGGACCGAGGAAGGCAGAGGCCUCGAGGGUCGAACCGUGAUAGAGGGAGGGACAGAUUCCGCGACAGAGAGCGUCGUCGCCGGUCCAAAGGGAACGGACCUAUUCCCCCGUUACGGUCGCCGCCACCUUCGCGUGCUCACCCCCAAUCAGAGCUUGGAGGACCUCGUUCAUACCGUGAAUUCUCUCCUAAUAACAUCUCUGCGCGUGGUUCAUCCGGUCUGCCGUACUCUGAGCCCAGACAGCGGCAGAAUCAAGAUCAUCACCAAUUUGCCGAGCCUCAGCCUUUGGCAGGCGAGAAACCGACCGGAAGAGAUUAUCGAAGGGACAACUCUCCAUCUGCACCUCCUCCAUUCAAGCGAAAGAGAACGCAGAGUCCGUCCCCGGUGAGAUCCUACUCACCUCGGCAAGACCCUAGCCAUCACCAUCCAGCUUCGGAGCAGUUUGACGAAUUCGGUCGGGGCUACCCUCAUAAAAAACGUGGACGAUUUCCGGGGCGUGGCAGGGCGCGUCGAAGGUCUCCUAGAAGAGGAAGAGACCGGCGUAGGAGGGAAUCCGAUCGGUUCAAGGGUCCCAAGUCCCCUGUGCCGGGUCCCAGGUCACCGAGGAACCCCCGUGAGCGAUUUAACAGCCCGGACCCUGCAGGCGACAUCGACCAAGAGUAUCGCCAUCGAUCGACUUCGCGCCAUUCCAUUAACUCGGCUGCUUCAAGAUUUACAGCGAUCUCGUGUCACAGCUCGAGGAUUGACGCAACAAUGAAUCCUAGACCAAUCCAGUCUGCGAUGGACAGUUCUUUCAGAUCUCCAUCUCCACCUCGACCAGUCCCCAGAUUCGAUGCUGUAAUUGCUGGCGUCCCUCCAGACGGAGACCCCAAUGCGCGUGAAACGUUCCCUUUCCAUGCAGAGCGGGCAUUGAAUGCCAAUAAUAACCAGCGCUCUCACCCCUCACGACCACAUGCGGAUACGAGUCAAUACUCCACCUCACCAAAGUACGGCCCAUCCAGUAAUUCCUAUCAGGGAUCCCCUCAAUCUACGUCACCUCACCCUGGAGGACGUGGGGGCUUGAGUCUGCACAUUCGUCUCCAUAUCGUCAAAACAAUUAUCCUUCUCAGGGCGGCUCGCAAGACCAGUACAAUCAAGGUCAAGCUCCGCCGACUGGUCCAGCCAACCACCCUCAAUCGUAUUCGGGUCCUUCUUAUCGUGGUGGGCAUUCAGGUUAUCGUGGAAACUUCCAAAGUCAUGGCCGCGACCGGCGAUUUUCUGGCUCUGGUCACUCAUCCUACAAUACUGGGCCGUCCGGGCGAGGCCGUUUUAACAGUUUCCAAUGGAGCGCUCGCGGCCGCGGCGGCUCUCACAGUCCUCAUACCACUCAUGCAGAGCCCUCACAAAGCCCUGCGCCCCUCCCAGGGGCAGAUGAACAGAGUUUCAGAUCUGCAAGGCGUGGAUCAAGGUUCAAAACCAUUUUCCGAGGAUGGGGAUUUUCAGAAGAUGUCUCGACCUACACAACCAUCCGACACCAACUCCACGCCAAAUAAAGGCGGCAAGUUUAGCUUCGCCUUCAAAGCCAAAACCACGCCUGCCCCUGCCCCCAAGCCAGUUCCGGAUCUGGCACAGAGGAUGCAGGCUCGAGAACCCCCACCUCGUGUUGCUGAGCCUCCUCGCAGCAGAGUGCCUCUUGGCCCACCGCCGCGGUUCAAGCCCGAGCCGCGCUUUGAUCGCCGCGAUCGAGACAGAGACCGGGAUCGGCAUCGAAAUCGAGAUCGGGACAGAGGGAGACGCGACCGGCGAGACUUUCGACGAGAGCCGCCUGAUUUCCGUGAGCCUAGAGAUAUUCGUGACAACCGAAAGGAAGAUCGCCGCUUUGACCAGCGACAUGACGGCAGGAAAGAUGAUCGCCGGCAGGACCCUCGUCCACCUCGCGGUCCUCGGGGACGUUCUCCGGGCGUGAAGCAACCCCGAAUAUUGACCCGACCCAAACCUCGUCCUACUCUUCCAGAAGAGUACGCGAAGUCCGAUUCCGUUUAUUACCGAAAGCCAGGGAACGAGUCCGUUAUUGGUGCUGGCACCUACGGAAAAGUGUUUAAAGCAAUACAUGUCUAUACCCAAAGGAAGGUGGCUCUCAAAAAGAUACGUAUGGAAGGCGAGAAAGACGGGUUCCCUGUUACGGCUGUUCGAGAAAUCAAGCUCCUGCAGCAUCUUCGUAACCAUAAUGUGGUCAGUUUACUCGAAGUUAUGGUCGAGAGGAAUGAGUGUUUUAUGGUCUUCGAAUAUCUUUCGCACGAUCUCACAGGUCUCAUCAAUCACCCGACCUUCACCCUCACUGCUGCUCACAAGAAGGAUCUCGCCAAGCAAAUGUUUGACGGCUUGAACUACCUUCACCACCGGGGCGUUCUGCACCGCGACAUCAAGGCAGCAAAUAUCCUUAUCAGCAAUAGGGGCUUGUUGAAGUUCGCAGAUUUUGGAUUGGCGCGGUUUUUCUCUAAGAGUCGCCAACUUGAUUACACCAACCGUGUGAUUACGAUCUGGUAUCGGCCACCGGAGCUUCUUCUCGGAGAGACUAGAUACGGCCCCGCCGUAGACGUUUGGAGCGCGGGCUGUGUGUUCGUCGAAUUGUUUACAAAGAAGGCUGUCUUCCCCGGAGAAGGGGGCGAAAUCAGUCAGCUUGAAAAGCUCUACACCUCUCUUGGGACGCCAACCCGGGCUGAAUGGCCUGACCUUGUGGAGAUGCCCUGGUUUGAGCUCAUGCGGCCGACGGAGCGCAAGAAGCGAGUCUUUGAAGACAUAUACGGCGAAGUACUGUCUCCGGCGGCUUUGGACCUAGUUUCUCAGAUCUUCCGAUACGAUCCUGCGAAGCGACCCUCAGCGGAGGAAGUACUGACGCAUUCCUAUUUCGUGUCAGAGGAGCCAGCUCCGCAACAAGCCGUCGAGUUGGAAAAUAUCGAGGGUGACUGGCACGAAUUCGAGUCCAAAGCACUGCGCAAGGAGAAGGAUAAGGAAGCUCGUCGCGCAGAGUAUCAGAAAGAUAAAGAGAAAAGGAAAGCCGCUCUGUCAGCUCCGCAAAGCGAACGGGAGACGAAGCGCGUCAGACAAGAUGUGGAGGAGAACCCACAGCCCUCGGCACAGCCUACUGAACAGUAG